AUGCCCAACGCAACUGGUGUUCACUUCCACGGCAUCCGGCAGCUGGGGACACCGUGGGCGGAUGGAGUCCCAGGUGUCUCUCAAUACUCGAUUCAACCAGGCUCCAGCUAUAACUAUCAGUGGACAGCUGAGGAAUCUGGCAUUUAUUUCUAUCACAGCCAUUACAAAGGUCAAAUGAUGGAUGGCUUAUAUGGGGCAAUCAUUAUCUCCCCCGCGGAAAAAGCGACUAGGCCAUUCUCUCUAAUUAGCAAUAGUUCUACCGACAUUCAGAAGAUGGAGGCCGCAGAAGCGAACGUCGAGGCAGUCCUUACAGCCGACUGGAAUCGCUUUACCUUCAACGAGUUCUUUGAAAUCGAGAAGUCCGCCAACAUUGACUACUCCUGCACAGACUCUUUCGUCCUGAAUGGUAUGGGAUCGUCCUACUGCCUAUCAGUAGCCACCCUCAGCGUCGACGAAGCUGCCCAGGCGGAGCUUGUCCUUAACGGGACGUCCUUAACUGCGAAGGGGUGUAUCCCUCCCAACAACACCGUGGUCCAAGGUGCCUACAGCCGCAACUUGGCCGCCUUGCCCGCUGGCGCAUACUACGAAUGCACGUCCUAUACCGGCACGAACUUUACCUACCCCGUCGAUGCGGCGGACGACUGGGCGGCAUUGUCCUUUAUCAGUCCCAGUGGUACAGCACUCUUCAAGAUCACGAUCGACAGCCACAAGCUAUACGUCUACGAGAUUAAUGGCCACUAUAUCGAACCUCAGAUGGUGGAUCAGAUUGAAGUCGAUAAUGGAGACAGAAUCUCGGUGCUGGUCAAGCUCGAUCAAACCCCAGCGGACUAUACCAUCCGCGUGGCGAACAGCGGCUUGAACCAAGUCAUCUCGGGGUAUGGCGUCUUGUCUUAUCAAGGCAGCUCAGGGCCAUCAACCACUGCUGAAGCUGUCAUGAAUUAUGGUGGACAGAACACGACCACCAUCACCGUCUUAGAUAGGGCUGCGGCUUACCCAUACCCUGCGGAGGCGGUCUCGAGUACGGCGGAUGCAACCUUCGUUCUCGACAUCAUGAAGGACCCGGAAAUGUCGUUGUCAUGGGCUUGGGUUCUGAAUGGGGCAGAUGCAUACAACCAAAGCCGAGAUGAUGAAACUCCGCCACUUCUCUACCAGUCCCUAGCAGACAUUCCCACUAGCGAUCUUGUACUGAGGACCAAUUACAACGAAUGGGUGGACCUUAUCAUCAAGGUAGCUGGCCCGUUGGCCGAGCCGCACCCCAUCCACAAACACGCCAACAAAUUCUUCGUUAUCGGGGCGGGUACUGGCGAUUUUAACUACACUACUGUCGCCGAAGCUCAAUCCGCCGGGGUAGAUUUCAAUCUCGACAACCCACCGCUUGUGGACGGCUACACGAGCACGGAAGCGGAAGGCGCCGCGUGGAUGGUGUUUAGGUAUCAGGCCAACACCCCAGGAGCGUGGCUGUUGCACUGCCACGUGCAAAGCCACUUGUCGGGCGGAAUGGCGGUGGCGAUCCUGGACGCCGUAGACAAGUUCCCAUCGAUUCCCUCCGACGUUGGCAAGGUGUGCUCCAAUGCAGGGUCCAGCUUCACUGGAUCCAAUGCCACUGUCUCAACCACCUCGCCGACAGUCGCUUUGUACACCAGUAUUGCAGCGGCUUCGUUGGGUUCCCAGAAGGCAGGUAGUCUGAGCGUCACCUUUGCUCUGGCAGUGGCUGCUGCUUUGUUCUAA